AUGCCUUCUACGAGCGACGUCAAGAAGGCCGAAAUGUCGUACCUGAGCUCUGCCGUUGAUUCGAUCAACCCGUGGGCGGGUUCCAGGUCCACAACGCCGACCCGGGACAACAAUAAGGACGAUGAGGCUCGUGCUCCAGCUCCAGAAGCAGCUCCAGAAGAUCAUAUCAAAACGGCGCUGUAUGGACAAAGCUUCAGGACAUACCCAAAGGACGCACCGCCGCUGAAUGUUCAGUGGUUUCAUGCGGUUGAUGUACCAAAGCGAAAGCCCCAACACAUAAAGGGUCGUGAAGAAGCCCUCAAAGACGCCAAGCCGGCGGCGCAAGCCAAAAAGUACACGGCCUUUUCGACCUCGGAUUCACGCAGACUUGAAGGCCGAUAUCAGCGACUGCUGGAAGCAGCAGAGGACAACCAUGAAUUGCGAUUUCAGAUGGCCCAUGUGGGGGGCCCAAAUGGUAACAAUGCUACACCAAGAUCUAGCACGACGCCAAACAGGCCAGCCGCCAAGGGUGCCCGUGUUCCGGUGAACGAGGAUUUCCUCUUCGACGUCAAUAUCGAGGACCGAGAGCUGGCUCCAGCGUACUGGCUAGGUCCCGUAUAUGAUGUUCGCCGUGGCUCUUGGUUCUUUCAAGAGGGCUCGAAUCUAAGGCCUUGCGAGGAGAACCUCGCCGCUCAGUUGGAAGAGGGCUACCUCAAAAUGAAGCCAUGGCAAAGCCCUGCGAGGUCACGAAGCCCGUCGGCCGCAAAAGCAGUCUCUACCAAUUCUUCGAAAGAAAAAGUCACGGAGAAGCAGGGAGAAAGUGCAGAAGCAUCGAGUGCUACCCUUUCGCCGCCCAACAAGAGCGCUACCACGACAACCUCCAGCACCACUAACCCCCCGCAAGCACCGCAACCACAGUCUUACCGAUUGUUUGGCCCGUAUAUGAACAAUGUGGCUACGUAUCCAGACGCGAGUACCGCUUGGCUGUCCACUGAUGGCAUCAUGUCAUGGGUUACCACCUCAGUGUACGAACGGUUUGCAGGUGGUGGCUACUUGAGCGGCGUCAAGUUGAUCCGAGGCUUUACAGAACCUAAUAAGGUGAAGGAGAAGGAUAAAGAGAAAGAAAAAGAGAAAGAGAAGGACGAGGACAAGGACAAGGACAAGAAAAAGGACAGGGUGAAGGAGCAGGAGAAGGAGAAGGAGAAGGAAAACAUUUCCCUAUUGUCGACGCGUGAGACCUCUGGUCGAGAUGAGCAACAACAGAACGUUGCAUAUGAAGAGCCAGAGGAUUCGAGCCGUGAAGCUGCCACCAGCCUUGGUCGCUCAAUGUCUACGGAUUCUCAGUCUCGGCAAGCAUUGCUUCAGAGGCAAAUAUCGUCACUGCUCGAGGGCGAGGGCAAAUCCAUAGCGGAGACGGACGAGGAAAUUCGGAAGCGAGACGAGCAAGAGAUACAAGACGAUUACAAUGUGGAGGCGGGUGAAACUCAAGGAAGAGAGAUAGAGCAUCUCAUUCUCGUAACACAUGGCAUUGGCCAGCGACUUGGGCUUCGGAUGGAGAGCAUAAAUUUUGUCCACGAUGUCAACAUACUGCGCAAGACGAUCAAGGCUGUCUAUGCACAGUCGAACGAUCUAAAAGUGUUGAACUCCGAGUUGGAGGCGGGUCAUGGAAACUGCCGUGUUCAGGUUUUGCCAGUGUGCUGGAGGCAUCUCAUUGAGUUUCCGAGGCAGCGCCAAGGGAAACGAGAGCAUGACCCGAGUGACGCGAGUGGAGCGGAAGACGAUUACCCAUCUCUUGAAGACAUAACUGUUGAAGGCAUGGCCUUUGCGAGAUCCCUCAUCGCCGAUCUUGCCCUCGAUGUUCUUCUCUACCAGAGUUCGUAUCGAGAGGAAAUCUCAAGAGUCGUUGUCGCCGAGGCAAACCGCAUUCUGAGACAGUUUCGAGAGAGAAACCCGGAGUUCAAUGGUAGAGUCCACCUAGCCGGCCACUCCUUAGGUUCUGCCAUCUUCUUUGACGUUCUGUGUCGGCAACGGGAGCACCAGGAGGACAGAAACCCGCUUCGGUUCUGGCCGUCCCCGAGCCGGCCGGAGAGUACGUUGAAGGACCAUGAGUUGCAGUUUGACUUCAACGUGGACGACUACUUUUGUCUAGGAUCACCCGUUGGCCUGUUUCAAAUGCUCAAAGGACGAACCAUUGCCGCUCGACACACACCUCAUGCCAUUCCUUCUGAGAGCCCGUUAUGCCUCGAAGAGACCGGUGAUCCUUUCCUCGCCGCAUCGACGAGUGACGGCAACAAAUUUUCUUCUGUGAGCGGGCUGCCCUAUACGAUAUCCUCCCCCAAAGUUGCCCAGUUGUUCAACAUAUUUCACCCCUCGGAUCCCGUAAGCUACCGCAUAGAACCCCUGAUAUCCCCUGCCAUGGCCGCGUUGAAGCCGCAACCGUUGCCAUAUACGAAGAAAAGCAUCUUCGAGAGCGUCGCGCCGCCGAGUUUGACGGGGAUCGGAACAAAGGUCGGGCAAAGCGUCACCGGCUUCUGGUCCAGCCUCAGCACGGGUUUCACAAACAAUGUCCUCAGCCGCAAUCUUGGUCUCACAAGCGAGGAUGUGGCGAGGCUGGCGGCUGGCGAGAGAGCGAAAGAAAAAAAUCCAGAGGAUGUGAGCAAAGGUUCCGAUGGCAGGUCUGAAGAACGGAAGUGGGCGUUGCCAGACUCGUCGGCGACAGGUCAACAGCAACAGAACCCGAGGCUUGCCGGAGACGAGAUUGAGACAUUGUAUUCGGCAUUUCAGAAGAAUCAAGGGUCGCUGCGAAAGGACAAGGGAGCGUACAACCCGAUCGAGGAGGGCACCAGGGCGAACAAACUUCUUGCGGAGGAGACCAAGCUGCGAGCCUUGAACCGUAACGGACGUGUUGAUUAUUCUAUUCAGGAGAGCGCAUACGACUUCAACCCUAUCAACACGAUUGCAUCCCACAUGGGUUAUUGGGCUGAUGAGGAUGUCAGCCACUUCAUGCUUUCACAACUACUUUCUAAUCGUGUCAAAGCACCCACCGGCACGAGCACCAGCGGCACAGACCCUAAACGUGACUGGCCGCCGUUGGUCUUUCGAGCCAUCAACAACAUGGCCAACUCUACCGAGGGCGCUGUCAAGCAGCAGCUUGUCGACAAGCUGCCCAAGCGGUUUCGAGGCAUCAAGUUUGGCAUCCAGUCCAACCAGGAUAUCGCCAACCAGGCUGUCCUCGAAGUCUCCGACCGGCUGCUGUACGACAUUGAGAAUAACCGGGCGCCCUACCGCCACGGCCCCUUGGACCCUCGACUGGGAACUUCAAGCAAGAUUGGAAAAUGCGCGACCUGCCAAGACGCUCUGCAGAACUGCACAGGCCACUUCGGCCAUGUGAGGCUGCCGCUACCGGCAUUUCACAUCGGUUAUCUACGCUUCGUCAUGUCCAUCCUUCAGAACAUUUGCAAGGACUGUGGACGGGUUUUGCUCAUUGAGGACGAUAGACGGUCGUUUCUGAAAGAACUGCGACGGCCCUUCCUCGACAACCUCCGGCGAACGCAGAUUUGCAAACGCAUCAACGAGCAAUGCCGCAAGUGCAAGACCUGCCCCUACUGCAACUCCAUCAACGGCCAAAUCCGCAAGAUUGGUGUUCUCAAGCUCUGUCACGAUAAGUUUGUUGCCUACAACAAGUCGACUGCCGUGAAAAAAGUGCCGCCCGAGGCCAAGAUCAAGUUUGACAACUCGUUCAACGAUGCGAAGCGGGAGAACCCUGAACUCGAGAAGCAUCUGCGAAAAGCGCUGGAGGACCUCAACCCCCUGCGAGUUCUCAACCUCUUCAAGCUCAUAAGUCCGACCGACUGCGAGCUACUCGGACUCGAUCCCGCCGAGGGUCGGCCGGAAAUGUUCAUCUGGCAGUUUGUCCCUGCCCCGCCCGUGUGCAUUCGACCGUCCGUGGCGCAGGACAACGCGAGCACGGAAGACGACAUCACGACAAAGCUUGCCGACAUCGUUUGGGUCAGCGGCAUGAUUCGCUCGGCGCUGCAGAAAGGCUCACCCAUCCAAACGAUCAUGGAACAGUGGGAGUAUCUGCAGACGCAGAUCGCCAUGUACGUCAACAGCGAUGUCCCAGGCCUCCAGCAGCCUGGCUUCGGCAAGUCUACCCGCGGCUUCUGUCAGCGCCUGAAGGGUAAGCAGGGUCGCUUCCGCGGCAACCUGUCGGGAAAGCGAGUCGAUUUCUCCGGCCGUACCGUCAUCUCUCCCGAUCCCAACCUGAACAUCGACCAGGUUGCCGUCCCCAUUCUCGUGGCGAAAAACCUGACGUAUCCCGAACGGGUGAACCGUCAGAACAUUGAAAAGCUCCGACAGUGCGUCCUGAACGGCUGCGACACAUGGCCCGGCGCCCAGACGGUGUUGAAGAAGGAGGAGGACGGGCAUUCCAAGUUCAGUCUCAAGUUUGGCGAUAGAUCCAUUCACGCCCGCCACCUCGCCAUCGGGGACAUCGUCGAGCGCCAUCUGGAAGACAACGAUGUUGUCCUCUUCAACCGUCAACCGUCCCUUCACAAGCUCAGCAUCAUGAGCCACCUGGUCAAGGUUCGGCCCUGGAGGACCUUUCGGCUGAACGAAUGCGUCUGCGGUCCUUACAAUGCCGAUUUCGACGGAGACGAGAUGAACCUUCACGUGCCGCAGACGGAGGAAGCCAGAGCGGAGGCCAUCAACCUCAUGGGUGUCAAGCACAACCUUGCCACGCCCAAGAACGGCGAGCCGAUCAUUGCCGCCACCCAGGAUUUCAUCACCGCCGCCUUCCUGCUAAGCAGCAAGGACCGCUUCUUCGACCGGAAAACGUUUUCCUACAUUUGCAUGCACAUGAUGGAUGGCAAGACGCCCGUCGACAUCCCCCCGCCGGCCAUCAUCGCCCCUCAAUCCCUCUGGACGGGCAAGCAGGUCUUCAGCAUACUCAUGCGACCGAACAAGAACUCGCCCGUCAAGGUCAACCUUGAUGCCAAGUGCCGAGCGUACAAGGCACGUCCCGGUCAAUGCCCCGACAUGGAUCCGAAUGAUGGCUGGCUCGUCGUCCGAAACUCGGAGGUAAUGUGCGGUCGCAUGGACAAGUCGACGGUCGGAUCCGGAAAGAAGGAUUCCAUCUUCUACGUCAUUCUCCGUGAUUUCGGUCCCGACGAAGCCGUAGUCGCCAUGACGCGGCUCGCAAAGCUGUGCGCGAGACAGCUGACGAACCGGGGCUUCUCCAUCGGCGUCGGCGACGUCUUCCCGACGGCCUCUCUCAACGCCGAAAAAGAGGGCCUCGUGACGACGGCCUACAAGCAGUGCGACGAUCUCAUUGAGACCUUCAAGCAGGGGAAGCUCGAGAAGGCGGCAGGCUGCAACAUGGAGCAGACGCUCGAGAACUUGAUCUCGGGUAUCCUGAGCAAGGUUCGACAGCAGGCCGGUACGUACUGCGUCGACACGCUCAGCCGCAACAAUGCCCCCCUGAUCAUGGCCAAGUCCGGAUCGAAGGGCUCGGACAUCAACGUCGCGCAGAUGGUCGCGUGCGUCGGGCAGCAAAUCAUUGGCGGCCAGCGAGUGCCCGAUGGUUUCCAGGACCGCAGCCUGCCGCACUUUCACAAGAACGCGCGUCAGCCGCCCUCCAAGGGCUUCGUCAAGAACAGUUUCUACAACGGUCUGCUCCCGACCGAGUUCCUCUUCCACGCCAUUUCCGGCCGCGAAGGCCUUGUCGACACGGCCGUCAAGACGGCCGAGACGGGCUACAUGUCGCGAAGGCUGAUGAAGUCUCUGGAAGACCUCUCGACGCAGUACGACGACACGGUGAGGACGUCGGGCGGCGGCAUCGUGCAGUUCCAGUUUGGAGCCGACAAGCUGGAUCCGGUCGACAUGGAGGGCACGGCCGAGCCCGUCCACUUCCUGCGCACGUGGAGCCACGCGGAAAACUUGACGUGGGACAACGAGGAAGCGGCGAUGACGCCGGACGAGAUCCGAACGUUUUGCGAUUCCAUGCUCGAGGUGGAGCGCAGGCAGCUGCCGAGGCGCAGCUUGCUUGGCGAAGCGCUCGCGUACGACGACCAGACGGACCAUGGCAUCGACGAGCACGAGAGCGCGCGAAGAUUUCUCAAGACGAUCGAGGGCCACGUCGAGGGUCUCGCCUCGAAGCUCGAGCGGGUCCGGGCGCUGGCGGGCUUCGAGGGCGGCCGGGCACUCCGGCCCGAAGCGCAGGCGCACGCGGACAGGACGGCCAAGGUGACGACGACGACGCUGCGGCUCUUCAUCAAGAUGUGCCUGGAGAAGUACAAGAAGGCACACGUCGAGCCCGGGCACGCCGUCGGCGCCGUCGGCGCGCAGUCGAUCGGCGAGCCCGGCACGCAGAUGACGCUCAAGACGUUCCAUUUCGCCGGCGUCGCGGGCAUGAGCAUCACGCAGGGCGUGCCCCGCAUCAAGGAAAUCAUCAACGCGUCCAAGAACAUCAGCACGCCCGUCAUCACGUGCCCGCUCCUGAACAACGAGCAGAUCGAGGUGGCGAAGGUGGUCAAGGCGCGGAUCGAGAAGACGUACGUCUCGGACGUGCUGCACUUUGUCGAGGACGAGUGGCGGGCGGACGAGGGCAACGUCGUCCUCCAGAUCGACCGGGCCGCCCUCGCGGACAUGCACCUGGGCAUCGGCGUCUACGACAUCGCCGAGGCCAUCUGCAAGCAGCGGAAGCUGAAGCUCGGGCGCGACGACCUGUCCAUCUUCGGGGACAGGAUCGUCAUCCGGGUGCGGGACGCGAGCGACAUGCCGGCGAAGAGGACGACGUCGCGCAAGACGACGGACGACAGAGGAGACAUGCUGCUGCGAGCCAACUUCCUACGGCGCGUGUUGCCGAACGUGCCGGUGUCGGGGUACCCGGAGGCGACGCGAGCGAUCAUCCAGACGUCGGAGCAGAACACGCACACGGUGCUGGUGGAAGGCUACGGCCUGCGGGAGUGCAUGACGACGGAAGGCGUCAUCGGGACGAAGACGCGGUCCAACAACGUGAUCGAGUGCCGCGACGUGCUGGGCAUCGAGGCGGCCCGGACGACGAUCGCCGACGAGAUCGGCGAGGUGAUGGGCGACAUGGGCAUCGACCCGCGCCACAUGCAGCUCCUCGCGGACGUGAUGACGUACAAGGGCGAGGUCUUGGGCAUCACGCGAUUCGGCCUCUCGAAGAUGAGGGACAGCGUGCUGCAGCUCGCGUCGUUUGAGAAGACGCCGGAUCACCUGUUCGACGCCGCGGCAGGGAUGAAGACGGACCAGAUCGAGGGCGUCAGCGAGUGCAUCAUCAUGGGACAGACGAUGGGCGUCGGCACGGGUGCCUUCCAGAUCGUGCGCCGGCUCGGGAUUCGGGCCGGCGAGCUGUCGCAGAAGAAGACGUUGUUCGAGGACGCGUGGGCCGGCGAGGUGGCACGGAAGAAGAACAAGGGAAAGAGGAGGGCGUAG